GUGUAAUGUUUACUUCGAUCCCGCCGGACAACGAACGACUGUUCAAAUGAAAUUGUACGGAUUUGCUAAUGUUAUACGAAGCAAACCAUGAGUCAAGCAAAAGUGGUUGUGAACGACGCAACAGAUCUACUCUUAGUCGGAGAUGCUGUAAAAGAUGUGCCACUGAAAGAAAUAACACAAGCCGUACUGAAGGGACUCUGCCAGCAGGAGAGCGAUAUUGGUUUGUACGAGUGUCUGUUUACAAAAGUUAUCCCUCAUUUUGAACCGAAGGAAUUUGAAGCGGAAGUAUCUUGCAUCGUCCUACCGGAAUUGGUCGCCUUGCUGGAAAAGAUUCAGCACGAGCUGCAAACGAACGCUCUGCGGUACUUUUUUGUGGAAAAUCUUACAAUAUUGCUCCGUCUGGCAGAUGUUCUGCAGAAACUUAUCGAAUACCUCGUAGAACAAACGGAGCGUUGCCAGUUGUUUCACACUCUGGUGGUUUUUCCUGAAUAUUUACUACGAUGCUACACGAUCGUACGACAAAACUAUGCGACGAUGGCCAAGGAAUCGGACGUGCUGGAAGUGAUGAAAACGCUGUAUGUAGAAUGCAAGAAAAUACUCAUGGCAUUUCUGGACCUUCUUUGUCCCCGGGAUGUCACCUCCCGGAUAAGUUAUUUUCGUGCGAUGGAAAGGGACGAAGAGUAUGCUUGUUUGGAAAAAGUGUGCACCUUACUGGCCAGCGUUGGUAAUGAGAUUACCCCAAUUGAUUCACUGCUGGCCAGCGAUGUCUGGAAGGCGAUCGUCAAGCUGUCGACCGAGCACGCCGGACAAUUGUUUACCGGAAAUAGAACCGAGUGGUUGACACAAAUCAUCAUUACGUUGAACACCGGAAUCGAUCAAUCGUUCAAUGAAAUUAGAAUGAAAAAUGACCCAUCCAAGCAGGUCACAAUUUCUCUUAAAUUAAAUGCAUUUUUUCUGCGGGUUAUGCUGAAAUUUUUAUCCCUGUUGAAGCCGCAUGCGACUCCAGAAGUUUUCCGACCAAUAAUAGCAACACUACUGCAUGUUAAAACCAGCUUGAGACCAGGAGUGAUGUGCAGUGAAUUAACAGCGGGAAUCGAUCAAUAUUUGCAUAUUGGAUACAUGGCGAUUGUUGAAAGUUCACUCCGUUCCGAACCUUUCGCAAAGGAAUUUUGUAACCACGAAUGUAAGACAACUGAAGACAUAUACUCGUACUACAGUUUACUGAUGCACAUCGUCGGUCAAAUCGUUUCAAACGCAAACGAUCGGAAUCUGGUGGCGAUCUACGGCUACCGACAUAAUCUCCUCGCAUACGUAUGUACCCUUCUGAAACGUUCCGAUUCCUUGCUCCUUCAUAACGCCUCCCUGUAUAAGCAACUACUCACAAAUUGCUCGGGGUUAAUUCUGAUUGCCGCGCGGUUGAAAAAUCGUGACGCUCAGAAAACAAUCGAAGAGUCGUUAGUACGCAUGGUGCUACAAGAGCACUAUUACACGGGUUUGCUAGGUAUCGACCUGUGGUCGGUGUUCGUUCGUUACCAUUCCACGCAGCUGCUGUUCGGUUACUUUUUGUUUUGGAAGAAAAUCAAUGAUCAUCGACCGAUCUUCCACACACGCCCGGAACAAAUCUUUCCGGCCCAACUCCUUCGCAAUCUUUGGGUCUUUUUACCCGCCACACAAAAGGCUAAAAUCAUCGACAAGUACCCAGUGUCCGAUCUGGCAAAUGACCGUCUAUGGGCGAUAGUUGACCUAUCGGGGGAUAUCGAUAAAAUGCGCCAGAAUCGGUUUGUAGAAUCCGUGGAAAAGCGUUUGGUUAGUGGUAUGAAUGCACUGCGGCAACGUCCCAGUGUUGAAGGCUUUUAUGAAACGCUAACACUUAUCUCGAUUGGAAACAACACGCCCAGAUUGAGUGGCGUAGCAAAAGAAGCGAAACAUGGAUUGUGGAAUACGAUUUUGGAAUCGAGUGAAAUUUGGAGCACUUCAACGGCAUGCAGUUUUUUCGCUUGUCUUUUGACUAGGGAAACGAUACCUCAUAGCAUAUUACGGUCGAGUGAAGGGAUAGACAUUUCGGAUACACCCGUCUUCGUGAAGUAUAUCUCCUUAAAACUGAUAGAAAAAGCUAAUCCUAAUACCAACCUUCCUACGUAUGUUGGUUCGCUUCUCAGUGACAAUUGUCCGUUGAUCGCAGCCGUUGCAUUUGAUGUACUGCAAAAACUUAUUGACAAGCAAAACCUCGCCGUUAAGCAGUUUCUUACAAAAUCGCCCCACAUAGGAACGCAACUUUCUGUGAUGCAAACCAAUCCUGCGUCGAAAACAUUCCCAAAUCUCUCGGAAAAAUGUGAGUUUAGAUUUUCGGUACACCACCGUUGCCGAUCGUUGCUCGUACCGGCCAAAUCCGACGCUUGUGGUGAUAUCACAAUGAUCAUCAACAGUAAAAUAGAUGAACUAUUUCCCGACACCAUCGACGACGAUGGCGACGAUGACAGUAUGUGCGAUGUGGAUAUUGGUAUGUUAAGUGAUAAUGUAUCGGAGGCAAAAAAGCGUAAAAUUGAGGACAAAGAAAGGAAUGCCAUCGAAUCACCGACAACCAUCUCCCGGUGCCUUGGUGAGCUGGAAGUUCAAGGGAAUGUAUUGGAAAAUUUGGUGCAAUCACAAGAGUUAGAGGGACCAUCGAAAGCGAGGUUGAGAAGAAUUAUCUCUAUAUUGAAUACGGUGUUGGAUAGUUGACAGUGAUAGGAUAGACAACAAAAUAUAUUGUUAAUAUGUGUGUUUUUAAAAGAUGAGUAUAUUUUGUUGUAAGGAAUUUACAAUUAAGAUAUAGAUUUUAAAUGCUCGUUAGUUUAUGUUUGCGAUUUACAAAAAACUACACGGGAAUAGCAACUACAAGGUGGAAUCGCAUAUGAAUUCGUUAAUUUAAGGAUUUUCGAUUAAUCGUAGUCACUUUUCAAUCAUUUGCGUAAAUGGCAAGAAAUGAUCGAUAAAAUCAGAACAAACGUCCCUUAUGUGGGGGUGCCCAUGGUGCAGCGGUAGCGCGAGGAAACAUCACACCACAGGUGUGGGAACGAAUCUCGAGUCUGGCACCCUCCGGUUGUUGUGUCUUAUGUUACAUUAAAAAAAGUAUUUUAUUAUCUAUAAAUUAACGAUUAGACAAUUACACUUUAAAACGGGUUGCGCGUGAAGGAUGGACAAAUACGGUACGGACGAAUACGGUACGGACGAGGCAGCUCCCGGGAGACGAUACGCGUCCUCUCGCUAGGCCGGUCGGGAAGCGAAGCGGCCAUCCUGUUAUUCACCUCGUCCGCUAUCGGAUACCGAUAGCGGCGAGUGGAAGGAUGGCUGCGUGCGUUGCAGCUUCCAGUGGAUGAUGAAGCUGGGUCUCCACAACACCGGUAUUACGAACGGCUGACCACCACCGAUCUAUAAUAUUACCAUCUUUCGGUCACACAAACUCUCUUCGGUGACAGGCCUUGUCCCACUAGGGAAUGUCGUGCCAC